AUGAUGUCACAAACUAAUGGUCUUACAACUGCGACAAUUACUAACAAUAAGUUAAAUGUUAAUGGAAAUGAAGCAGAAUGGGACAAUGAAUGCGAUGUUUUUAAUAGACUUCAAUCGUUGAUCCCAGCGAUAAAACAAAACUUUAUCUUAAUUUCUCAACAAUACAAUCAAUUUCUCAAUGAUACAGACGAGUUGAGUAAAACAUUUACCGCGAUGCAAUUAAAACAGGAGAAGCUUGAGCGAGAAUUAGAUUUUUAUCGUAAAGAUCUCAAUGAUUUUGACAAACAGAUCGAUUCAAAUGCAGAUAAUCGUGUGUAUCUCGAUGUAGGUGGACAUCAUUUUACAACGACCAUUAAAACCUUAACUCAAAGUAAUUCCUUAUUUUUUAAAGCAUUUCUUAUGAAAGAAUGGAAUCGAAAUGCAAAUACGGCAGAUAAUCGAAUCUUCAUCGAUCGCGACGGACGAAUUUUUGAUUUGGUACUCAAAUACCUUCGAACAGGUGAACUUAACAUUGAAGACAGAGCCACUCGGAAAGAAUUGCUCACCGAAGCGAAAUUCUACAAAAUUCAAAGUUUAGAAGACGAAUUGAAUUCACUUUUACGAAAAGAUGAAUCAUGUCUGACAGCUAAUCUAACUAACCAGUCAUCACCGCCAUGUAGUCCUGCACCAGCAAUCAAUCGAACACGGUCUUCACCUUAUUCCUCAUCGGCGGCACCCAAUACAUUGACACGUUCUUCACCAUUCAAUCAAUCUAUGCCGACAAAAAGCAAACCUCAUCCAGCCCAAACAGCAUUGUCAUGGCGAACAAUAAUUCCAUCGGAAAACCGUUUAAACAUCUUCUUAGGAAGUACUUUAAUAACACCAGAAUAUGAAGAAAAACUUUCCGAAUUCAUCGGUCCAGAAAUGAUGACACAGCAACCAUGGAAAUUGAUUUAUCGUGCUAGUGAACACGGAUUCGACGCCGCUGAUUUCCAUCGUUGCUCUGAAUCCUAUGCGCCAACAAUAUCAAUCAUUCAAACUGAUUUCGGAAAUAUUUUCGGUGGAUUUACAUCAAUUUCAUGGAGUUCAGCAACACUUCGUGCUGAUCAAGCAGAUCCCACAGCAUUUCUCUUCACAUUAAAGAAUACUCUAAACGUACCACCAACGAAAUUUCCCGUCGCGAAAGAAUAUCAACAGUGUGCAAUAAGUCAUAAUCCAACCUGUGGUCCCAAUUUCGGCUCGCCGAAGAAUGAAGGAAGUGAUCUAUGUUUAAGGAACAAAUUUAAUGAAAAAACCAAUUGUAUAUUUUUUCCAAAAAGUUAUGUCGAUACAACGAAUCUUGGCAGUUCAAUAUUCGCGAAGAAAUAUUUUGCCUGUAAAGAAGUCGAAGUAUUUACGAUAACAACACAAUAA